CCGGCAACCAUGUCUGACAAACCCGAUAUGGCUGAGAUCGAGAAAUUCGAUAAGUCGAAUUUGAAGAAGACAGAAACACAAGAGAAAAAUCCUCUGCCUUCAAAAGAAACGACUGAACAGGAGAAGCAAGCUGACGAAUCAUAAUGAGGCGAGCGCCGCCAAUAUGCACUGUAG